AAUUUGGCGUGGCUGUACAUGUUCGGUGAAGCACGAAGAGUUCAACUUCGACGCAAAUAGGAGCCUCAAAAAUGAAUCGUUUGCUGUUCACUCUGGCCGUUGUCGUUCUGAUGACUGCACAUGCUUUUGCUUUAAAAUGUUAUUUCUGCACGUAUACUGAAGACGACUGUAAGAAGAGCAAGAUGGAUGAAAACGAAGCCAACUUUUUAUACACGUGUGUCGACGGCGAUAGAUGCUACAGAAGUUGGUCUAAAAAGAAACACUACGAUGCCAUGCUUAAUAUUGGAUGUGGUACCCAAUCGUCUUGUAACACCCGAAAGUCCAUUUGUGAUCAACAAUCGAAAGAUAUUCCGGACUACCAAUGCGAGGUUAGCUGCUGUUCUGAGGACGGAUGUAACGCAAGCUCAUAUUUCACUGCCAACAUCAUCCUGUUGGCUGUUUCCUCUGUCCUGGGUCUAGCACUGCAGAAGUAAGCCGUGGAAGGCUUUACAAGUCUACUUUUCAUUUCGCUUAUUGCUUGUUUAAACUUAUUUC